UUGCCUAUCCGCACGCCGAAUCCUCUGCGGAGUUCAGGAUACAGUGGCGUGUUGGAGGUUUGGGGGUUCCCUGGUUUUCGAACCCCAGGCUUCUCUUCCGCGUUUCCGCGUCAGCGCAGGGUGACCGCCAGAGCCCCUGCCUUCUGGACGCCAAGGUUUCAGCGACCCAGAAUGGUGUUGACGCCAUGCUCUCCGCCCCCAGGCGGAAGGACAGAGUGAGAGGGUCCAGCCGCUGGGCUGGGAGUGACGGGCUGUAACCUCCUGCACCCCACGGCCUCUUAAUGAGCACCUGACUUCUUCCCAAACUCUCCCGAUGUCUCAUUUACCUCUGGCCUCUUUCCGGCCACCGCUUUGGGUGCUGAGGCCCUCCUGGGGUCUCUCCAGGCCCCAGCCACUGUGUACACAGCCAGAGCUCCAAGGCUCGCCCCUCUCUCGGAGGAACCGCGAAGCCAAACAGAAGCGCCUGCGGGAGAAGCAGGCGGCCCUGGAGGCUGGGCUAGCUGAGACGAGCAAGUCACCUGCAGUGCCCACCAAGGCCUGGAGCCACAAGGAGGUAGUACUGUAUGAAAUCCCCACCGAGCCAGGUGAAAAGAAAGAUGUUUCUGGGCCCCUGCCUCCUGCUUACAGUCCCCGAUAUGUUGAGGCGGCCUGGUACCAGUGGUGGGCGCGAGAGGGCUUCUUUAAGCCGGAGUAUCAGGCACGGCUGCCCCACGCUACAGGGGAGACCUUUUCCAUGUGUAUCCCACCUCCCAACGUCACUGGCUCCCUGCACAUCGGUCACGCACUCACAGUAGCGAUACAGGACGCGUUUGUGCGCUGGCACCGGAUGCGUGGGGAUCGCGUGCUGUGGAUCCCUGGCUCAGAUCACGCAGGAAUUGCUACCCAGGCUGUGGUGGAGAAACACCUGUGGAAGGAGCGGGGCGUGAGGAGACACGAGCUGAGCCGGGAAGACUUCCUCCAGGCCGUGUGCCAGUGGAAACAUGAGAAAGGAGGGGAGAUUUAUGAGCAGCUGUGCGCUCUGGGUGCCUCUCUGGACUGGGACCGAGAGUGUUUCACCAUGGACGCUGGCUCCUCGGCAGCUGUGACGGAAGCGUUUGUGCGACUCUACAACUCGGGAUUGUUGUACCGGAGCCGUCAGCUUGUGAACUGGUCGUGCACUCUGAGAUCGGCCAUCUCAGACAUUGAGGUAGAGAGCCGGCCCCUGCCUGGCCACACAGUGCUCCAGCUGCCCAGCUGCCCGACCCCUGUGUCUUUUGGGCUCCUUGCUUCUGUUGCCUUCCCUGUGGAUGGCGAGCCCGGUGCGGAGAUUGUGGUGGGGACCACGAGGCCCGAGACACUGCCUGGAGACGUGGCUGUGGCCGUCCACCCUGACGACCCACGAUACACACGUUUACACGGGCGACAGCUCCGUCACCCUUUGACAGGACAGCUCCUCCCGCUCAUCACAGAUACCACUGUUGAGCCACAUGUGGGCACAGGGGCAGUGAAGGUGACCCCGGCUCACAGUCCAGCGGAUGCCGAGAUGGGGGCCCGGCACGGCCUGACCCCACUGAGUGUCAUCGCAGAGGAUGGGACAAUGACGUCUGUGUGUGGAGACUGGCUGCAGGGUCUUCACCGAUUUGUGGCCCGGGAAAAGAUUAUGUGCGCACUGAGGGAGCGGGGGCUGUUCCGGGGCCUGCAGGAGCACCCCAUGGUGCUGCCCCUCUGCAGUCGUUCCGGGGAUGUGGUAGAAUACCUGCUGAAGAGCCAGUGGUUUGUCCGCUGCCAGGAAAUGGGGGACCGAGCUGCCAAGGUUGUGGAGUCAGGGGCUCUGGAGCUCUGGCCUGCCUUCCACCAGAAGAGCUGGCAGCACUGGUUUGCCCACAUCGGGGACUGGUGUGUCUCCCGGCAGCUGUGGUGGGGCCAUCGGAUCCCAGCCUACAUGGUGGUUGGAGAGAAGGCAGAGGAUGACGGGAAGGAAUGUUGGGUGGUCGGGCGGUCAGAGGCUGAGGCCAGAGCUGUAGCAGCAAAGCUGACCGGGAGACCAGGGGCAGAACUGACCCUGGAGAGGGACCCUGAUGUCCUGGACACUUGGUUCUCCUCGGCUCUUUUCCCCUUUUCUGCCCUGGGUUGGCCCCAAGAGACGCCAGACCUCGCUCAUUUCUAUCCCCUUUCACUGUUGGAAACUGGCAGUGACCUCCUGCUGUUCUGGGUGAGCCGCAUGGUCAUGCUGGGGACCCAGCUCACUGGGCAGCUCCCAUUCGGCAAGGUGCUUCUCCAUUCCAUGGUUCGGGACAGGCAAGGCCGGAAGAUGAGCAAGUCCCUGGGGAAUGUGCUAGACCCACGGGAUAUCAUUAGCGGGCAAGAGCUGCAGGUGCUACAGGCCAAGCUGAGAGAUGGCAAUUUGGACCCGAGAGAGCUGGCCAUUGCAGCCACAGCACAGAAAAAGGACUUUCCUCAUGGGAUCCCUGAGUGUGGGACAGAUGCCCUGAGGUUUGCGUUGUGCUCUCAUGGAAUCCUGGGGGGCAACCUGCACCUGUCUGUCUCUGAGGUCCUGAACUACCGCCAUUUCUGCAACAAACUCUGGAACGCCCUGCGCUUUAUCCUCCGUGCCCUGGGGGAGAACUUCGUACCCCAGCCAGCAGAGAAGGUGUUGCCCUCCUCCGCCAUGGACGCCUGGAUUCUGAGCCGCCUGGCCUUUGCAGCCCACGAGUGUGAGAGGGGCUUCCUCAGCCGGGACCUGUCACUCGUCACCCACACUCUGUAUCAUUUCUGGCUCCACAACCUCUGUGAUGUCUACCUGGAAGCGGUAAAGCCAGUGUUGUCGAAGGCUCCGUGUCCCCCAGGACCCCCUCAGAUCCUGUUCUCCUGCGCCGAUGUUGGUCUGCGCCUCCUUGCCCCACUGAUGCCCUUCCUGGCAGAAGAACUUUGGCAAAGACUGCCCCCCAGGCAAGGUGGUCCCCUUGCCCCCAGCAUCUGUGUGGCUCCCUACCCCAGUGCCCACAGCCUGGAGUCCUGGCGCCAGCCCCAGCUGGAACGCUGCUUCUCCAGGGUCCAAGAGGUUGUACAGGCACUACGGGCCCUCCGAGCCACCUACCAGCUCACAAAAGCCCGACCCCAAGUGCUGCUCCAGAGCUCAGAUCCAGAAGAACAGGGCCUAUUCCAGCCCUUCCUGGAGCCCCUGGGCACCCUGAGCCACUGUGGGGCUGUAGGGUUCCUGCCCCCAGGGGCAGCAGCUCCCUCCGGCUGGGCCCUUGCCCCACUGAAUGACACCAUUAAGAUCUACAUGGAGCUGCAGGGCCUGGUGGACCCCCAGAGCCAGCUACCUCGACUAACUGCCCGGAGGCAGAAGUUACAGAAACAGCUCGCUGACCUCUUGAAUCAGACUGCGUCAGAGAGGGUUGCAGAGAGGCAGCAGAGGCUUUCCUCCCUCCGCCUGGAGUUGUCAAAGCUGGACCAAGCAGCCUCCCACCUCCAACAGCUGAUAGAAGAGACGCCCAGCAUCAGGGAGCUCUGAGCCCCACUUGCUCCCCUGCCAGCCUUCCUUCCCAGACCUGUGGUGCAGGGCGGCCUCAGAAGGGACCUCGUCUGCCCUCCUCGUCUUGUAAAGGAAGCAGACCUGAAGUCCCCGCAACGCAAGAAUAAGGAGAGGGAGAUAAAAUGAUGAAACCCCAAAUAUACCACGUGUGAUCCUUCCUCUGGGAAGAGGGCAGCUGCCCUGGUGCUCUGGUGUGACACUGGUUCCAACAGUUCCCUAAAGUUAGAUGCAGGGCCCUGGUGACCCUGUGCCUAGAGGCUGAUACUUUUUUCUGGGCUUUAGGGCGAUAAAGGACUCUGGGGAGCACAGACAUACUCAGUGUCUGAGUUCCAUGUCCCAGAUGCCUCAUCUCAGUGAAACUCGGAGCCUGCUCAGCCCCUCUGCAUGGAAGGGCUCAGGGUAGAUGUUUAUGUUGAGACUUCUAUGGCUGGGUCUUCUGUCAUUCCUGAACUGACUCUUGUGGGUUUUAGCUUCAUCUGAACACAGCCAGAGAAUGGAAGGAACUCGCCCAACUCAACAACAGGGACUCAGCCUAGCUGACCCAGCACCCCAGCUCCGGUGCAAUGCUUUCUGCUGCAGUAACCACAUUUCAAACACGACGCGUGCUCCUAUUGCUGGGCAGAAGGGCAGGACUCAGCUGCCACCUGACACAUUAGCUCCAGUUGCUGCCAUGAGUCUGCCAUGCGUCUGCAUGCUUAUCAAAGGAAGGAAGCAGACGAGUCCUGAUUUUCCCCCCUCUGGGUUCAAUGGGUGAUAGUUUAAAAGUCAUCAAAUGCAGACUGGAGAAAGAUGGCUCAGGAGUUAAGAGCACUGACUACUCCUCCAGAGGACCCGGGUUCAAUUCCCAGCACCCACAUGGCAGUUCUAGGGAACCCAACAUCCAUGGCAAAACACCAAUGCAGACAAAAAUUUAAAGUCACCAAACGCGAGGGACAAAGGGAAGACAAGGGAACUGAGUGUGUUGAAAUAUAAAAGGGUCAAGAAUCUGAGAUGGGGCUAAACAAAGACUUAUGGGAGGUUCAAGAAUAGCCAAGUUGGGGAGGCUGCCAUUACAGAAAGUCCUGAGCUAGGGAGAGCAGAGGAGGAGGAGCGGCUUAGUGGGCCAGCCGGGCAGGUGCUAGCGCCUGGCAUCCACCAGGGGGCGCACAAAGCAUGGGGAGUGGAGGCCUGUGCCUGUGGCCCAGGUGCACACUCACGGGAACAAGGCAGCUGGUUCAUUAUGGACGAUAAGUUAUUUACCAAGGAGCUGGACCAGUGCAGCGAGCACAGUUCCGAGUCCCAAGUCAAGAGCCUGCGGGAAAGCUAAAGAAAUCCUGACAAAGGAAUCCAACCUGCAGAGGUUCCAUGUCUGGUCACUGUGUGGGGAUGUACAUGGGCAAUUUCAUGACCUCAGGGAACUCUUUAGAACGGGCGGGCGGUAAAUCAGAUACAAAUGACUUGUUUAUGGGAGACUAUGUGGACGAGGAUACUACUCAGUUGAAACAGUUUACAUUGCUUGUAGCUAGCUCUUAAGGUUUGUUACCAUGAGUGUAAUCACCGUACUCCAAGGGAAUCACGACAGCAGACAGAUCACACAAGUUUAUGGUUAAUACAGAAAUGCAAACGUUUGGAAGUACUUCAGACCCUUUCGACUAUCUUCCUCUCACUGCCUGGGUGGAUGGGCAGAUCUGUCUACCAUCCAUAGACACACCUUGUAGCCCUGAGACACGGGUCAUCCUUGAAACUAGAAUGCCCCCUUUAUGGUGUUCGGGGGCAGCUUAUCUAGUGCUCUGGCCACACCCCAGCUCUCGGGAUCUUUCAGCUGCAGGUCCACCAGAAAUCACUCCCCUGCCAUCAGGGUCUCAUGCCCAGAGCUGUUUACAGGAAACUCAGGGUCUGGUGGUCCGCAGUCCCUAACACUGGAUCACAUCUGAGCACUUGAUCACCUCACGAGGGUCCAAUGUGUGACUUGCUGUGGUCAGAUCCAGGUGACCAUGGCGGCUGGGGAUAUCUCCUUGAGGAGCUGGUUAUAUCCUUGGCCAAGAUAUUUCUGAGACAUUUAAUCAUGCCAGUAGCUUUAUGUUGGUGUUCAGAGCUUACCAGUAACUCCAAAGUGUCAGAAAAUAGUUAACAUUAAAAAAAAAAAAAAAAACUUGGGGCUGGAGAGAUGGCUCAGUGGUUAAGAGCAUUGCCUGCUCUUCCAAAGGUCCUGAGUUCAAUUCCCGGCAACCACAUGGUGGCUCACAACCAUCUGUAAAGAGGUCUGGUGCCCUCUUCUGGCCUGCAGACAUGCACACAGAAAGAAUAUUGUAUACAUAAUAAAUAUUUAAAAAAUAAAAAAAUUUAAAAAAACUUGUUUUCACAUGGACCAAAAGAUGUGCCUUAUAUAUAAAAAUACAAAGCCUUGGACUGGAGAGAUGGUUGAGAGCACUGGCUGCUCUCCCAGAGGUC